GUUAUCACAUAUACGGGGGGACUCCGGGGAAGAACAACCAUGAGAGUCCAACAGGUUGUGGCUCUGUUCCUUAGUUUAUUCUUGGAAUCUCUAGAGCUCCCAGCAGGACCUAGAGUCAAGGAGAUCAGAUCAAGCAAAGAAGGAAAAGCUGAGAGCACAAACCUGGAUUCAGUUUUAAAAUUUAAAAGAUCAGCACAAGGAUAUAAAUAUCCUGUUCCAGAUAAUCCAUUAACCUUCCCAACAAAAACAUUUUCAACAACUACUCCAUCAGCAACAACAGACUCAAAAGAAUCUGCGACAACAUUAGAAACUUCAAUAGUUCCAAACUGUAUUCAUGAAAUAGAGGCAAGUAUUGGUAGGAACCCUGAGUUCCUAGAUUUAGGUGUUCCAUUGUGUCCUUCUGAUGAACCAAUUGCUGGAUAUGAAUAUCCUGUUCCAGAGAACCCGUUCACACUGCCAACAACACCAUCACAAGCCACAACUACAACAACACAAGCUACAACCACCACACCAGCAACCACAACAACAACAUAUGUUCCAGAUUGUAUUCUUGAAGAGGAAGCAAGUAUUAGUAGGAACCCUGAGUUCCUAGAUUUAGGAGUUCCAUUAUGUUCUUCUAAUGAACCAGUUACUGGAUAUGAAUACCCUGUUCCAGAGAACCCCUUAACACUGCCAACAAAGCCAACAACAACAACACCAGCUACAACAACAUAUGUUCCAGAUUGUAUUCCUGAAGAAGAAGGAAGUGUUGGUAGGAACCCUGAGUUCCUAGAUUCAGGAGUUCCAUUGUGUCCUUCUGAUGAACCAGUUACUGGAUAUGAAUACCCUGUUCCAGAGAACCCUUUCACACUGUCAACAAAACCAACAACACCAGCAACAACUACAACAACACCAGGCACAACAACAACAGCACAAGCUACAACCACCACACCAGCAACCACAACAACAACAACAAGAACAUUUGUUCCUGUUCCUGAUUGUAUUCCUGAAGAAGAAGCAAGUAUUGGUAGGAACCCUGAGUUCCUAGAUUCAGGAGUUCCAUUAUGUUCUUCUGAUGAACCAGUUACUGGAUAUGAAUAUCCUGUUCCAGAGAACCCACUCACACUACCAACAAAACCACCAAAACCAGCCACAACCUCAGAACAAACUACAUCCACCACACCAGAAACUACAACAACAACAAAAAGAAAUGUUCCAGAUUGUAUUACUGAAGAAGAAGCAAGUUUUGGUAGGAACCCUGAAUUUCUGGAUCCAGGAGUUCCAUUAUGUCCCUCUGAUGAACCAGUUACUGGAUAUGUAUAUCCUGUUCCAGAGAACCCUUUCACAUUGCCAACGACACCAGCUACAACCACAACAACAACAACAACAGCACUAUAUAUUCCAGAUUGUAUUGUUGAAGAAGAAGCAAGUAUUGGUAGAAACCCUGAGUACCUAGAUUUAGGUGUUCCAUUGUGUCCUUCUGAUGAACCAGUUACUGGAUAUGAAUACCCUGUUCCAGAGAACUCUUUCACACUGCCAAAAAAAACAACAACAGCCACAACAACAACAACAACAAUACCAGUUACAACCACCACACAAGCAACAACAACAACAACAACAUAUGUUCCAGAUUGUAUACCUAAAGAAGAAGCAAAUAUUGGUAGGAACCCUGAAUUCCUAGAUUCAGGAGUUCCAUUGUGUCCUUCUGAUGAACCAGUUACUGGAUAUGAAUAUCCUGUUCCAGAGAACCCUUUCACACUGGCAACAAAACCGACAACACCAGCCACAACUACAACAACACCAGCCACAACAACAACAACAGCCCAAGCUACAAACACCACACCAGCAACCACAACAACACGGUAUGUUCCAGAUUGUAUUCUUGAAGAGGAAGCAAAUAUCGGUAAGAACCCUGAGUUUUUAGAUUCAGGAGUUCCAUUAUGCUCCUCUGAUGAACCAGUUACUGGAUAUAAAUAUCCUGUUCCAGAGAACCCACUCACACUACCAACAAAACCAUCAACACCAGCCACAACUACAACAACACCAGGCACAACAACAACAGCACAAGCUACAACCACCACACCAGCAACCACAACAACAACACCAACAACAUUUGUUCCUGUUCCUGAUUGUGUUCCUGAAAUAGAGGCAAGUACUGGUAGGAACCCUGAGCUCCUAGAUUCAGGAGUUCCAUUGUGUCCUUCUGAUGAACCAGUUACUGGAUAUGAAUACCCUGUUCCAGAGAAUCCUUUCACACUGCCAACAACACCAGGCACAACUACAACAGAAAAAGCUAAAACCACUACACCAGCAAUCACAACGACAACAACAACAUAUGUUCCAGAUUGUAUUCCUGAAGAAGAAGCAAGUAUUGGUAGGAACCCUGAGUUCCUAGAUUCAGGAGUUCCAUUGUGUCCUUCUGAUGAAGCAGUUACUGGAUAUGAAUAUCCUGUUCCAAAGAACCCCUUUACACUGCCAACAAAAUCAACAACAACAACACCAGCUUUAACCUCCACACCAGCAAUCACAACAAUGACUACAACGUACGUUCCAGAUUGUAUUCCUGAAGAAGAAGCAAAUAUCGGGAGGAACCCUGAGUUCCUAGAUUUAGGAGUUCCAUUGUGUCCUUCUGAUGAAGCAGUUACUGAAUAUGAAUAUCCCGUUCCAAAGAACCCACUUACACUGCCAACAAAGCCAACAAUAACAUCACAAACUACAACCACCACACCAGCAACCACAACAACAACAUAUGUUCCCGAUUGUAUACCUGAAAAAGAAGCAAGUAUUGGUAGGAACCCUGAGUUCUUGGACUUGGGAGUUCCAUUAUGUCCUUCUAAUGACCCUGAUUUUGGAUUUGAAGUUGUAGGACUAAAAGAUUUUGAUUAUGAAUCGGAAAUAGCGGAUACAACUUCAUCUAAAACUACAAUAUCACGAACAACUUCACCAAAACCUCCAAAAACAACAACAACAUAUUUUCCAGAUUGUGUGCCUGAAAAAGAAGCAAAUAUCGGUAAGAACCCUGAGUUCUUAGAUUCUGGAGUUCCAUUGUGUCCUUCUGAUGAACCAGUUACUGGAUAUGAAUAUCCUGUUACAGAGAACCCACUCACACUACCAACAAACCCAACAACAGCAACAGCUACAACUACCACUCCAGCAACCACAAAAACAAUUAAUGUUCCAGAUUGUAUUCUUGAAGAAGAAGCAAGUAUUGGUAGGAACCCUGAGUUCCUAGAUUCAGGAGUUCCAUUAUGUUCUUCUGAUGAACCAGUUACUGGAUAUGAAUAUCCUGUUCCAGAGAAUCCUUUCACACUGCCAACAAAACCAACAACACCAGCCACAACUACAACAAUACAAGCUACAACCACCACACCAGCAACCAAAACAACAACAACAAAUGUUCCAGAUUGUAUUCCUAAAGAAGAAGCAAGUAUUGGUAGGAACCCUGAGUUCCUAGAUUUAGGAGUUCCAUUAUGUCCCUCUGAUGAACCAGUUGCUGGAUAUAAAUAUCCUGUUCCAGAGAAUUCAUUGAUCCUGCCCUCCAAAGGAGACACUGGUGGAGAUGAAGUUGUUGGACUGAAUAAUUUUGAUUAUGAAUCAGGAAUAUCUAUUCAAAGAAAAGGAAGGGUGUUCUCCUAUCAUCAUUAUCCAAUAGAGGUUGGGAAAUAGGAUUGAAGGUAUAAUAUUAUAAUUUUUCAAGUGUCAAGUGUAUCCUGAGUGUCUAGAGUAUCCUGAGUGUCUACUGUAUCCUGAGUGUCAAAUGUAUCCUGAGUGUUUAGUGUAUCCUGAGUCUCUAGUUUAUUCUGGGUGUCUAGAGUAUCCUGAGUGU